UCUAAAGACAUUGGAGUGGGAGGCACCUAGGACCCCAACGUUUCAAAACAUGCCUGGAGAUCCUCUGGCUUCCCCCCUUUCUUUACUGGAAAAUGGAAUCUUGAUGGAAAAUGAAAUGAGGUAUCUGGGCAGUCCCACUACUACAGUUCCAAAACUGAGUAAGAAUCUAAAGCUAGAAGACCAAGAAGGGCUUUCAGAGGAGUCAGUGGAGUUUUCCCUGGAAGACCAAGAUACCAAGGGCUUAAGUCUAAAGACUAUGGUCUCUCUCUGUGGCAUUAAUGCCAUUCAGAUGGAGGAGGAAGAACCUGACCAAGGGCACCUUAUUGGUGAUUUCUCCAAGGUGUGUGUGCUGCCAAAGGUGUCAGGGAAACACCAAGAUUUGAAGUACAUCCACUCAGGCACAGUGGCUGCUUUACCGUCUGUAAAGUUCCAGGGUCUGAUUGAGAAGUUUUACAACAUCGAUUGCCACUAUCCAUAUGAGUACCUGGGAGGACACAUCCUGGGAGCCUUAAACCUGUACAGCCAGAAGGAACUGCAUGAGUUCUUUCUGAAGAAGCCUACUGUCCCUCUGGACAUUCAGAAAAGAAUCAUCAUUGUGUUCCUCUGUGAAUUCUCCUCAGAGCGAGGCCCCCGAAUGUGCCGUUCUCUGAGAGAAAAAGACAGAGCUCUGAACCAGUAUCCAGCAUUGUACUACCCAGAGCUGUAUAUCCUCAAAGGGGGCUACAGAGACUUUUUUCCAGAAUAUACAGAGCUGUGUGAACCACAGAGCUACUGUCCUAUGCACCACCAGGACCACCAGGUUGAGCUGCUGAGAUGGAGAAGCAAGAGCAAAGCCCAGGAAGGGGAGUGGCAGCUUUUGGAGCAGAUUGCCCUCCUGGUGAAAAAGGAUGUGAACCCACAAUAG